CCCGCAUUCGAAAUCGACCCGAUGGCUCAAUGGUCGUCGUCACCAGCAGCCGGCCCCAGGGUUUCGAUAUUUCGUCUUUGUGGAAGACAAAUCAUCAAAACCGUUGCCUAUCUUGGAUAGGCUUCUGUCUAUCUACAGGUGAAGAGCUACCAAAGCAAGAUGAAUAUCGACGCUUACGGAGGUCAAGGCCGGAUCUUUCGCACCAAGCCCACGCAUUGUCACUGUAAUCAAUUAAUCCUCUAGCCAUGACAAUUCAUUGACUCAAGACAUCCUGGUCUAUCCUUAUAAGAACAAAGGCCUGGAUGAUGUUCCGGCAAUUUGUCUCGCCGCGGCAAACAAUAACGGGUGGCGUGCGAAACAUAUUCAACGGCGAUGGUGGCUGGAAGCGCAACGCUUUUGUCAGUGGUAUAAACAAAUCUCCAGCGCCAUGUCUGUGAUCCUUGCGCCGUUCUUCUCGAGACAGUACGAAUUGCGGUCAUCAUUAAGAAAUGCAGCUUCUCCAAAUUCUAGCAACCGCCACGGCACUCCAUAGUUUGUGUGAAGCAGUGCCCCUGACUACUGCCGAUGUCAAAGACAAGAAGACCUUCACCCUUGAACAAGUUCUCAAUACAAGCUCGAUCAUCAGAACUCCAGCACAAAAACUCCUGCACGUGUACGCCAAAUACGCAAAAGCAGGAGCAUCAGCACCAGUCGCGGUUCGAAAAGCAGCAGCUUCAGCAACAGUAGCAACCGUCGCCGCAUCUCCCGAAGCAUACGAUGUCUCCUAUCUCUGUCCGGUCACAGUGGGAGGCAAAACCUUGAAUCUCAAUUUCGACACAGGAAGCGCGGAUCUCUGGGUAUAUUCAAAUCUGCAACCUUCAUCACAACGAUCUGGGCAUGCUAUCUACACCGUAAACAAUGCAAAACUCAUGGAUGGCUACACAUGGGAUAUCGAGUACGGAGAUGGCUCUGGUGCAAGUGGCAAGGUCUUUGCUGAUAAGGUUGUGGUCGGAAGUGCUACUGCUACUUCACAAGCAGUCGAAGCUGCAACAUCAGUCUCUGAUGGCUUCGUUUCGGACACGAACAGUGACGGCAUCCUCGGUCUAGCCUUCAGCUCCGUGAACACGGUCAUGCCGUAUUCGCAGAACAACUUCUUCGACACCGUCAAGUCCCAGCUCGCCAAAGCUGUCUUUACCGCAGACUUGAAGAAGGGUGCUCCAGGAAGCUACGAUUUCGGUUACAUCGACACUGCGAAAUACACCGGCAGCAUCACAUAUGUCAACCUCAACAGCAAUGGUGGCUUUUGGCAAUUUUCUGCUGGUGGAUACGCCGUCGGCAGUGGAGCCAAGGUCACUAAGGCCUACAAUUGCAUCGCUGAUACGGGAACAAGUCUGAUGCUUCUGCCCGAUUUCAUCGUCAACGCCUACUACAAAUCAGUCAAGAGCGCAGUGUACAGCGACUAUCAGGGCGGCUGGGUCUUCCCCUGCAACACGAAUUUGCCAUCAUGGAGUGCAAUCAUUGGAGGCAACAAGUUUACUGUGCCUGGGUCGUACUUGAACUACGCAAACCUUGGAAGUAACAUGUGUUUCGGAGGCAUGCAGUCGAACAGCGGAAUUGGCUUCAGCAUUUUGGGAGAUGUUUUCCUGAAAAGUCAGUUCGUGGUGUUCUCGCAGAUGACUGCUAAACCACAAGUUGGAUUUGCCGCUAAAAAGCUGUAAGGUAUCCCGAAGGAGUCUGUCUUGAUGAUGGGAGAUGCCACUGAUGUUGAGCUGCGGGACGGCCAAUCGAUUGGUGGAUGUUGAAGUUCCUCGUCGCUCCUUCCUUCUAUAAUUCUCGUAUGACGUUUUGAUUCUCCCCA